UAAUGUAUAUAGACAGUAUAUAAACAUAGAAUUGAAUAGAUCGGCCCCAUUGUCACUGAUAUCCGAUCCAGCUAUUUGAGUCAGUAUCGGCCCGAUAUCCGAUCCUGUAUCGGUGCUUCCCUACAUGAACUUGGGCUCUGGAAAAUUGUAAUGGACAUUUUUCACUUUCAAACAAUUAAUCAAGAAAAUUACCGACGGAUUAAUCGAUGAUGAUAAAAGUUAGCUGCAUCUCUGUUGUAUAAUUUACAUUUUCUACAUCCUUUGUUUGAUUUUAAGUUGUCUGUCUGUCAGUGUCUUUUUGAUUAUUUCAUAUUAUCUUUUUUUCUGUUUGUCUUUCCUUUUCUGUUUCCUAUUUAAUUCACCCUGUUAUUUUCUGGCCUUUCCAUCCUCAACCUGUUUUCCUUUUUUGGGGCUUGUCCCUGGACAUGCUGCCCCCUAAACCUUCACCGCCACCACCAGCGGGCUUUGUGAAAUCACCUCUUUCUGAGACAAAGCUCACGGGCGACACCUUUGAGCUGUACUGUGACGUGGUGGGAAACCCCACCCCGGAAAUCCAGUGGUGGUACUCUGAGAUCAACCGAGCAGAUUCCUUCAGGCAGCUGUGGGACGGCGCCCGUAAGCGGCGAGUGUCCAUCAGCACGGCCUACGGCUCCAACGCCGCGAGUGCGUUAGGUGUCUCUCGUCUCACGCUGGACGAUGCUGGGACCUAUGAGUGCAGAGCCAGCAAUGACCCGCGACGUAACGACCUGCACCAAAAUCCAGCCACCACCUGGAUCCGUGCUCAGGCCACUAUAACGGUGCUGCAGAGUGAGUGGUCACUGUAGAGGAAACACCUCCUUCCCUUCCGUUAGCAGACACAUUGAACAGUUCCUGUGUGAUCCAGCCUCCCUCAAACCUCUCCAGAGGACCUCUAGCUUCCUCCGUAGGAGCCAUCCUCCCCUACAGACUUGGAAAAUUAAGAAAAACACUUUAUGUACUUUUACCAGCCUAGUUGAGUAAUGUUUUACAUUGUCGGUUCAGUACAUCCUUCAACCUGAACCCUGUAGAACCCAAUCUCCUCCCCGUCUCCAUUUCCUCUCUACUUAAUUUAUCUCUUCCUUUAGCUCUCACCUUCUCAUUUCCCUGAACUGUAUAUCAUUAUAUUCCAAAGAUGUUUCUUUUGGUUAUUAUUUAUGUCAUAACAAGUUUUAAUUCUGUUUUUAAAAUGUCAAAUUUUGCAUACUGACUAUACUUCCACACACAAAUUUGGCCAAUGUUUGGUGUGACCUUUUUAAUUCCUAAUCUAUAAAUGUUUUUUUCCCCACAAACUAUUCUGUACCAGAAUCUGAAAUGCACAGAACUAAAUGGAAACCAAAACUUGUGGAUACUGAACUUGGGUGUCGAAUGUCAAUGUUUUUUUGGUAGGGAACGAAAUGUUUCUGUAGCCCCAAGUGUUAAUAAGUGCCGAAAGCUGCCAUCAAAAGUCUCGUCAUAUUAGUAAUCUUGUUUACUUAUUUGUUGAUCAGAUAGAUCCAGAUUUAUAAUCAAAAUUUUAUCAAUUUUAGAUGAUUUUAUGAGGGCAAAGUAGUUUUACAGCUGAUGGUCUUUAGGUUUAGACAACAUUUACCAGCGCUAGUAUCGGCACUAGUUUAAAAAAAGAAAAAGAAUUCAAAACGAUGCCGAGCUGUUCUGUAUAUAUGAGUGUUUCAGCUUGUGGCAACUCAGGUUGAGAGGUUCACCGGUGUCUACAUGUACGAGAUGUAGAUAAUCAGGAUUAAGCAGAAUACGUCCAAUUAAGGUCUUUGCUGUCUGACAGCUAAUCCAAGCGAGGACUUUCAACAGGUUGAAUUUCAACCAGAUUCAAAUGUAUGUUAUUGUGAGUUUCUGUGUUUUUUAUGGGAUUCCUUCGGAGCUAUUUAAUUAAAGCUAGAGUCGUCCUCGCUGGCUCCCAGCAUGAGUACGUCUUCCAUAAAAGGUGAAUCCAUUGUGGUAGGCUUAGCUACAAAAAUACAAUCUGAAGGAGUUUAUUUUAGCUUUUUAAUCAGCUUUUGGGAAAAAAUAAAUCAAAGUUUAGACCUGCCUGUAUUCCAGUGAGUGUAAUAGAAAUGUCUAGUUGUAUCCUGUUCAGAAGCUGGUUCCAGAGGAGCUUUUCCCCACUCAGUCUCUCUAUUCUUAAUUCCUGAUCCUAACUUUUUAGUCAAUGAAUUCAUCAAAGUAAUGAUACUGUAGGUUUACGUCAUGACCAUCAGAUUCAAUAUUUAAUCCUGAUUAAUCGCACAUUUUGUAUCCGUUCAA